GUUUCCACGUGAUCCCCACUAUCUCGAGCAUCGUCCCGGAGAGCUGCCUGCUGAUCGUAGUGGGGCUGCUGGUCGGGGGCCUGAUCAAGGGCGUGGGCGAGACGCCCCCCUUCCUGCAGUCCGACGUCUUCUUCCUCUUCCUGCUGCCACCCAUCAUCCUGGACGCCGGCUACUUCCUGCCACUGCGGCAGUUCACGGAGAACCUGGGCACCAUUCUGAUCUUCGCCGUGGUGGGCACGCUGUGGAACGCCUUCUUCCUGGGCGGUCUCAUGUACGCCGUGUGCCUGGUGGGCGGCGAGCAGAUCAACAACAUCGGGCUCCUGGACAACCUGCUCUUCGGCAGCAUCAUCUCCGCCGUGGACCCCGUGGCCGUGCUGGCCGUCUUCGAGGAGAUCCACAUCAAUGAGCUGCUGCACAUCCUUGUCUUCGGGGAGUCCCUGCUCAACGACGCCGUCACUGUGGUCCUGUAUCACCUCUUUGAGGAGUUUGCCAACUAUGACCGAGUGGGCAUUGUGGACAUCGUCCUUGGCUUCCUGAGCUUCUUCGUGGUGUCCCUGGGCGGGGUGUUUGUGGGUGUGGUCUACGGGGUCAUCGCAGCCUUCACCUCCAGAUUCACGGCCCACAUCCGCGUCAUCGAGCCGCUGUUCGUCUUCCUCUACAGCUACAUGGCCUACCUGUCAGCUGAGCUCUUCCACCUGUCAGGCAUCAUGGCGCUCAUCGCCUCAGGAGUGGUGAUGCGCCCCUACGUGGAGGCCAACAUCUCCCACAAGUCCCACACGACCAUCAAGUAUUUCCUGAAGAUGUGGAGCAGCGUCAGUGAGACCCUCAUUUUCAUCUUCCUUGGCGUCUCCACUGUGGCCGGGUCCCACCACUGGAAUUGGACCUUUGUCAUCAGCACCCUGCUCUUCUGCCUCAUCGCCCGAGUGCUGGGGGUGCUGGGCCUGACCUGGUUCAUCAACAAGUUCCGAAUCGUGAAGUUGACCCCCAAGGACCAGUUCAUCAUCGCGUAUGGGGGCCUGCGCGGGGCCAUCGCCUUCUCCCUGGGCUACCUCCUGGACAAGAAGCACUUCCCCAUGUGUGACCUGUUCCUCACUGCCAUCAUCACGGUCAUCUUCUUCACCGUCUUUGUGCAGGGCAUGACCAUUCGACCCCUGGUAGACCUGUUGGCUGUGAAGAAAAAGCAAGAGACAAAGCGCUCUAUCAACGAGGAGAUCCACACACAGUUCCUGGACCACCUUCUGACAGGCAUCGAGGACAUCUGUGGCCAUUACGGCCACCACCACUGGAAGGACAAGCUCAACCGGUUUAACAAGAAGUACGUGAAGAAGUGUCUGAUAGCCGGGGAGCGCUCCAAGGAGCCACAGCUCAUUGCCUUCUACCACAAGAUGGAGAUGAAGCAGGCCAUCGAGCUGGUGGAGAGUGGUGGCAUGGGCAAGAUCCCUUCUGCUGUCUCCACUGUCUCCAUGCAGAACAUCCACCCCAAGUCCCUGCCUGCAGAGCGCAUCCUGCCGGCACUGUCCAAGGACAAGGAGGAGGAGAUCCGCAAAAUCCUGAGGAACAACUUGCAGAAGACCAGGCAGCGGCUGCGGUCCUACAACAGACACACAUUGGUGGCAGAUCCCUACGAGGAGGCCUGGAACCAGAUGCUGCUCCGCAGACAGAAGGCCCGGCAGCUAGAGCAGAAGAUCAACAACUACCUGACGGUGCCAGCCCACAAGCUGGACUCCCCCACCAUGUCGAGGGCCCGCAUUGGCUCAGAUCCACUGGCUUACGAGCCGAAGGCCGACUUGCCAGUUAUCACCAUCGACCCAGCCUCCCCGCAGUCGCCCGAGUCCGUGGACCUGGUGAAUGAGGAACUGAAGGGGAAGGUCUUGGGGCUGAACCGGGAUCCAGCCAGGGUGGCGGAGGAGGAUGAGGAUGAUGAUGGGGGCAUUGUGAUGCGGACCAAGGAGCCCUCUUCCCCUGGCACGGAUGAUGUCUUCACCCCUGCGCCAAGCGACAGCCCCAGCUCCCAGAGGAUACAGCGCUGCCUCAGUGACCCAGGUCCCCAUCCUGAGCCUGGGGAGGGAGAGCCUUUCAUCCCCAAGGGGCAGUAACGCUGGGGUCCGUGGGCAGUGCCCAUCCCAACACAGACUCUCCCACCAGAGCAGGGGCUGCUGGGGGAGCUGGGGGCUCCCUUCAUUCUUCCUGACUUGGAUUGGCCCUGCCCCUCCCCCAACCGCAUGGCAGCUGGGCCCACAGCCCCCACCGCAGCACGGCUUCCCCCUGCCUCCUGGGAAGCACCCUCCCUCCCACCAGAACUGCCUUCCUAAUCCAUUUGGCAGAACUGUCGGGCUGUGAGGCAGAUCCUGCCCCUUCCCAAUUCAGGCUCUCUCCCAGACCUGGCCUAGGGCCUCGAGAGUCCCAGCCCUCGGAGGCCUGCCGCCCACUCCAUCCACUUCCUCAUUCAGACCAAUCUUAGUUCCUAACCAAAGAGCCUCUGGCUCAGCCUUGGUCCUACCUAGAAAGGGAAGGAGCCAAGACCUCUCCUGGCCUAGGCCAGGCCCUGCUUUAACAGCGGAAAGACUGGGGGACCAGGAAUCCGACUGGCGUCGGGGUCAGUGACACCCGGCAGGCCUGCCCUCCUCCUGCCAGCUCUGUCACCCUGGCCAGCCCCCAACCCGUCCAACUCAGAGCUGCAGGCUAACGGCAUCUCUGAGCUUCUCUGACUAGAGCUGGGGCGCUUUGGACAGUCUGGACUACCCCAGUGGGGACCACCGGACCCUCCAGGGGUGACUGUCAGGAGAAGGACUGUUGGCUCCAGAAAGUGCUGCCUUUUUAUCUGUUCUGUUUGUUCACACUCCAUGUAUGAUUCAAUUUGCACAGAGGGCAUUCCUGUUUUUAAAACAUUUUGAAAACCCCUGGCUUAUCAGAGCUCUAGCCCUCCUAUUCCAGAGAAUUACCCCUCCUCGUCUGUGCCUAUCCUGCCCAACACUCCCCCAAGUCAGUCCUCUGCCUCCUGGGCUCUUAACUGUGGCCCCAAGGCUAUAAUUUUAGAAGUGACCUCCUCCACUCCAGUUCCCCAUUCUAACUCACUGAUGCUGGGCCUUCUAGCACCUUCUGUGCUCUUGGGCCUGACCCUCAGUUCCUGCUGGCCUGUUCUUUUCUCUCAUCCCUCUCCACACCCUGGGCCCCCGGACCUCUUCUGUGCACCACACCCAGCCUGCUGUGGAGCCCAGUCCUUAGGGGAGAAGGCCUCCCCAAGCCUCUCCCACCCCACCAGGACUGGUGGGUGGGCAGAGUCCUGGGCCCCCAGAGGCCCUUGCUCACAGGCACACACUCCCACCCCCACAGCCACCAUGGCCAGGCCUGGGCCUGGUGGUGUCUGUCCUUCCCCAGGAUUGUGCAAUAGUCAGAGUGUCCCUCUCCCGGACUGGGCAGUGGGUGCUCCUCUGUCCCCCCCUCCUUCUCUCCAUGCAAGUGCUGUUUGGGGCAGGAGUCCCCACACAAGGGUGACGUUGACAACCGUGUUCCAAGCCACCACAGCUGCUGCUGCUCUGCCUCCCGUAGGGAAGAAACCGGAUCUUUUUCAUAUUCUAAUAAAUCGGUGUGAGU